CGUCCGUCCAUCUGUCUGUCUGUCUGCCUGUAUGUACGCAUGUAGCGAUUAGCGAAGAACGACGGGUCGCAUUGGCACCGUCACUCAGAUGGCCAAAGUGCAGUUUGUUGUGUUGUUGUUAAUCAUGAGCGACUAUAGCUUAAUAAAAGCUGUACGGUCACUUGCCAGACAGGACCGAUAAAUCGCCCUAUCCGUGCGCGAUGCAAAGCCUUUGAAGUUGAAUUUGAGUCAGCCCGCCGGUCGAGAUCACGUUCUUUCCCUCGUCUCUGCUAUGGUGGAGAUGGUGUUGGUUGGAACGUGCCCUUUCCUUUGACGUCACUCCGACAAAGGCAAGCGAACUUGGUUCAGCUCGAGCCUUUUAUUGGCAGCCUGUUAAACUGAGCCGGCAUUAGCGUAGCACGGAGCAGUACGGGUGCUUCGUGUGUAGAGAAUUGACAGAGGACGGCGUAGAUGAAAAGCGGGCUCGGAGAUUUUAUCCGUUCCUCCAUAUAGUUAAAGAGGAACUGCAUCAAAUAGCCUCAAAAUUGUAAAGUGCAAUAACUGCUGCCACGUGAGGCGCUGGAGCGCUAAGAUCAUCAGAAGAAAUCAGUUUGAGUCAAAAUUGGCCUGUAUAUAUAUUUGUAUGUUGUGUUGUGUUUGUGUCCGACUUGAAUCAUCUCUGUUUACCUUUAUAUAUGCGCUGGUUUACCAGCAGUGUCACUUGUUGCAAUCGGCGAUAUUUCAUGUAUUUAACAAAGCAAAAAUAUGCUUAACGUAUAACUUUAUAGUUGUGACAACUGCACGAAAGAAACUGCAUCGGACGUCUGGUCAGGGCCUGCCGAUGCACAGGGAGGCCACAGACUAAAAUGACUUCAAAAGAAUUAUAUACGAAAGGAUGCCGUGUUUGGGUCGAGGACAAGCAAGUGAUCUGGCGUGCUGGCCAGCUGAUGCGCGACUGGGAUGAGAAAUCGAUAGAGAUUGAAUUUGAAGAUGGCUCGACACAAGUUCUUGCCGUCAAAGCUGUUGGUGAUCUACCGUUUUUGCGGAAUCCUGACAUCCUCGUUGGUGGAAACGAUCUUACUGCGUUGUCGUACCUGCACGAGCCUGCUGUACUUCACAAUCUCCAGGUUCGAUUUUGUAGUAAAAAUAUCAUAUACACAUACUGUGGAAUUGUGCUCGUGGCCAUUAAUCCUUACGAAUCGCUGGACAUUUACAAUGAAACGGCGAUCUGGGCAUACCGGGGCGCCAGCAUGGGCGACCUCGACCCGCACAUUUACGCCAUCUCGGAAGAGGCUUACACCAAAAUGGAGCGUGAAGGACGAAAUCAAUCGAUUAUCGUGUCAGGUGAAUCAGGAGCAGGGAAGACUGUGUCAGCCAAGUACGCUAUGAGGUUUUUUGCUACGGUUGGGGGCGAGUCGUCGGAAUCGCGCAUAGAGGCCAAGGUGAUUGCUUCUAAUCCGAUAAUGGAAGCUAUUGGUAAUGCCAAAACGACACGAAAUGACAACUCCUCCCGUUUUGGCAAAUAUAUCCAGAUCGAUUUCAAUUCGAAACACAUCAUUGUCGGUGCGCAUAUGCGAACUUACCUGCUCGAGAAGUCGCGGGUCGUCUUUCAGGCUGAGGACGAGCGAAACUAUCACGUGUUUUACCAGCUGUGCGCAGCUGGAACCAAUCUCGAUGAAUGGAAGCACCUCAGGCUGCGGCCGUGCAAAGAGUUCCGCUAUAUUAAUCAGGGCAAAUGCCCUUCUAUAAAGGACGUUGACGACCUUGCUCAGUUCAAGUGUUUCGUUGAGUCCCUAAAUACGCUGCAAUUUAGCAAAGACGACCAAACGUCAAUGUUCAAGAUAAUGGCUAGUAUACUCCAUUUAGGUAAUUUAGCCUUUGUCAAAGGUGACGGGGGAUCACGGGUUGAUAUGGACCAGGCAGGCUUUGUGGCAUUUUGUGAUCUUUUACAACUCGAGAAGGAAAGACUGAAGGAAGCGCUUUGCGUCAUUAAGGUUCAAAUAGGCCGGGAAAUAGUUAUGAAACAGCAAAGGCCACCAGAGGCUUCGAUGUCUCGAGACGCUUUAGCCAAACAUAUGUACGCCACUCUCUUUGACUGGAUCGUCGGAUCGGUAAACAAGGCACUCAUAGGUAAAGAAAAACGCAAACACUUUAUUGGCGUACUCGACAUCUACGGCUUUGAGACGUUCCAGCGAAAUUCGUUCGAGCAGUUCUGCAUUAAUUAUGCCAACGAGAAGCUUCAGCAGCAAUUUAAUCAGCACGUAUUCAAAUUAGAACAGGAAGAGUACGCAAGGGAAGCGAUACGCUGGAGCUAUAUCGACUUCUACGACAACCAGCCGUGUAUUAACCUGAUUGAAACGAAAUUGGGAAUCCUCGAUCUGCUCGACGAGGAGUGUCGCUUGCCGAAAGGAUCGGACGAACAGUGGUGCCAAAAGCUGUAUAUGCAGUGCAAAGGCUUUGAACACUUUAAGAAGCCAAAACUGUCGCAAGAAGAGUUUAUUGUGGUGCACUUUGCGGGUGAAGUUGAUUACGACUGCCGCGGGUUCAAGGACAAGAACAUGGAUACUGUAGUAGAGGACCAACUUGACCUACUGGCUUCAGCAAGACUGCCAUUUGCAACAGUUCUGUUCAAAAAGCCGGAUGCUCCAAAGAACUCGCAGCAACAGCAACUACAGACUUCAGGCGCGAAGAGGCAGCACAAGAUGACAGUCGGCUUCCAGUUUCGGCUAUCCCUUCAGCUACUUAUGGAGACCCUUAACGCGACGACGCCUCAUUAUGUGCGAUGCAUUAAGCCGAACGAUGAUAAAAGCGCCUUCGUCUUUGAUGUUCAUCGAGCAACGCAGCAGCUUCGCGCCUGCGGCGUUCUCGAGACCGUACGAAUUUCGGCAGCCGGAUUCCCAUCACGCUGGACAUAUGCUGAGUUCAUGCAAAGAUACCGAAUGCUGGCAACGGUUAAAACACUUAAAAAUAACGUCGACCAGAAAGAAAAUUGCGCUAAAAUUCUCGAACUCGUACUUAAGGAUCCAGAUAAAUUUCAAUUUGGCAAAACCAAAAUCUUUUUCCGCGCAGGCCAAGUUGCCUACAUGGAGAAAUUACGAAACGAUAAACUCAAUCAGGCAGCUGUUAUGAUCCAGAAGGUGAUCCAGGGCUUUGUCUAUCGACGAAAAUACCUCCGUAUUGUUAAAGCCGUUUACGGGAUCCAACGAUAUGGACGCGGUGUCCUCGCACGCAGAAAGGCCCAGACACUACGAGAGACGACUGCGGUGACGAAGAUCCAAAUGGCAGUACGGGGCUUCUUGGCCAGGCGAAAGUACCAAAAAAUCAAAAAGCUUACAUUACAGCUACAGUGCCUGGCUCGCGGUUAUCUGGCCCGAAAACGUUGCGAGGCUGUUCGGCGCGAUCGUGCAGCUGUCGUUAUACAGACUCAGGUACGCGGUUUCUUGGAGAGACGUCGAUUUGUGCGUUCAAUGCGUAAGGUUGUACUGUGCCAAGCUGCAGUUCGACGAUUCCUCGCCAAGAAGCUGCGUAAGAAAAUGAAGGAAGAAGAGAAGAAGGUCGAACACUGGAAGACGCAGUAUAAGGGACUUGAGAAUAAGAUUAUCACGCAGAAACAGGAGAUGAUCGAUCUAGCAAAGGCUAGAGACGAGGCCCGUAACAAACUGGCAACCGUCGAAAACCAAUGGAAGGACAAGGUCCGAACACUUGAAGAGCUUCUCAAGGUUGCCAAUGACAGGAAUCGAGAGUACGAAGAGAGGAUGACCGCCCUCAACGAGGCGCUGGAAAUCUCACGAAAGGAAAAGCUGGAUGCGAAAGAAAAAAUUCAGGUAUUAAGCUGUGAAAUUGAACAACUAAAAUCACCUGCAAAGGAGAUUCCCGUGACCGUAAAGGAGUCUAUAGUUGCGCAGCUGGUCCUUGACCCGCCACAUAAUGUUCCGAGUAUCGAUGGUGUUGCUAAUAGGUGGGCUAACGAAAAGAAACUGCUGGUGAAAGAGCUAGAGGAGCUCAAAACUGAUUAUCAGCGACUUCUAGAAGAGCGCGAUGGAAUGAUGUCAAAGAUCUACGGAGAUUCCCAUUCUAGUCCUUCGAAUACAUUGCGGGUACAUCAGCCGCACAAUCAGCACCAACGGACGCCGUCGGAAAUCAGUGCAGGCAGCGAUCUUGGACGCGAAGGAGAAGAAGUUAUGGACGCUCUGGAGCGUGACCAUGGAUAUGGGACCGUUAGCAGGAAUGGCUCGAUCAGGGAGGAUGUUACGACAAUUCUGAAGUUCGAGAAGCGUGUCAAGGAUCUGGAAGCUCAAAAUGCCCAACUUGCCAAGCAGCUUGAGUAUCAGCAGCAAAUGGGAGAACCCUCCGCUAAGGAUAUGAUGAGGCUUCACGAACUGGUGCGCGAAAACACUAAGUUGAAAGAGUCUCUGAAAAACAUGUCCAUGGCAGAGAGCUCACGGGACAGCGAUCUUGCGUCAUCGUCGCUAUUUGAAGAUGGCAGAGACAAUGCCAAUAACGGCACAGAUGAUCGCAGCGCAAAGACGCGAGCUCUCCUAGAAGAGCUUUGGGCAGAUUUGGACACGAAGAAGGAGGAAAUCCAUUGCCUUCGGGAAGCUCUUACCCGAGAGGGUCAAGGAAUAUUUCACGUACCUAACCGCGAGGAGGAGGGUGAAAUCUACAUGGCGUUCGAGACGCAGAAGACUAUGCUGAACCAACUGGAGAAUGAGUUGAAGUCAGUGAAGAUGUCAGCACGCGAUUGUGAACAGAAUCUCAAUGCAGAGAUUCGCCAGCUCCGUGAAUACAACCAGAAAUUGCAGCAGAUUAUUUUAAGCGAGAUGACGCCUGCAGAGAAAGCCACCUGCUUUUUGCAAGGUGAAAUCGCCAGGCUCUCUCGGGAAAAUGUUGAUCUUAAGGAAAAAUAUGACCGUACUAUUGAGCAGAUUCGAAGGCUCAAACGACAGAACAAGAUUAGCAGCAACCAACAUAAUCAUAAUCAUGCGGAUGUCUCUGAUUCAAUGCCUAUGAUUCGACACAAGACAGAAACAACGGGCUCGUUCCUAGGCAUGCUUGAAUACAAAAUUGAGGACGAAACUCAUAUUAUUCGAUCGCUGAUCAUCGACCUUAAGCCAAAAGUCACUCAGCAGUUACUGCCAGCCCUCCCUGCGUUCAUUCUGAUCAUGAUGAUUCGGCAUGUAGACCAUUGCAAUGACGACCAAAAAGUUCGCUCCCUCCUGAACAACGUUAUCACGAACGUGAGGCGAGUGAUUAAGAGACGUAAGGACGACCUGGAGUACACCGCCAUGUGGCUGACAAUUAUGUAUCGGUUCUUCAAUAACCUACGCCAAUACUCCGGUGAAGAAGUAUACCAGAACGAAAACACAGCUCGACAGAACGAGCAGUGCUUGCGUAACUUUGACCUCUCGCAGUAUCGACAAAUCAUCAGCGACAUCUGCCUGUUCAUCUAUACACAAGUGAUCCGAGCCAUGAGCGAAAAAUUGCAGCGAAUCGUUAUUCCAGCCAUCAUCGAACACGACGCUACCGGCGGCAGUCAGCUGUUUCGUCGGAAGGCGUCCUUGUGUCGUGACACGCCCGGAAACGAGAUAGAUUCUACAAAGGCGCUCGAUCAACUCCUUGACGAGUUAAGCGCCUUCAACAAGCUAAUCCAGUCGCAUCAGGUGGAUGUAGACGUACGUGUUGUCAUGUUCAAAGAGCUUUAUCAUUUUAUCUGCGCAAUGUCGCUCAAUAACUUGCUUCUACGCCGAGAUAUGUGCCAUUGGUCAAAGGGGGUGCAAAUACGACAUAACUUAUCACGUCUUGAGCACUGGAGUCGUGAACAGCAUCUCUUUGGUGUGAAUGACCAUCUUGCGCCUGCUAUACAGGCCGUUCAGGUCCUGCAGGCGAGAAAACGCGAAGACGAUAUACCUGAUAUUUGUGAAAUGGUUCCAAAUUUAACCAGUGGACAACUAUUGCGAAUUUGCCAAAUGUACACGCCGGUUGAGGGCUACGAAGAGUCAUUCUCGCCUAGAUUUAUUAGCCGAUUGCAGGAGUAUAUCAAGAACACGUUCCCCAAAGACAACUCGAAAGACUAUUUAAUGGAUACAAAAGCGCGGCUUGCUGUACGCUUCCAGUACAUACCAAGUGAUGUCCAGCUUGAGACAAUUACGGUGCCGGAGGUGCUGAAUCUGCCAAUGCUGAAACGAAUCUAAACUGAAUGUUACCAUCAAAGAAAUCACCAAAAAGAAAGAAAUGAGGAACAUCGGAUUGUCGAAUAUAAGUGACCUAUCGUCGACGCAACGACCCGUCAAAACAGGCUCAUCGUGGCUGAUCUACUGCACGCCAAACGGUCAACAUUACAAGGUGAUGACGAGAAAUAAAUUUUAUAUAUGGAGUGAGCUGAGUGUAACUAGUGAAACGAUGUUGCGCGCGAAAUUUAAAAAACACAAAAAAAAUCCUGUAGGAUUUGACUAGAAUCGUGCCUACACACAUACAAAUACGCAACUAUACAUCUAUGCAUACAUAUUGUCCCAAAGCAUUCAUAAAAAGCGCAAAUACUUUGGUAGAAGUGGACGCUUGCACACUGUAUACAAUGCAUCACAAUAUGCGAUAACUAGCAGAGGACAAGCAGGCCAGACCGAAGGCGGGAAAGGGUCCUGGAAAAGGCUGGCUAAGAAAUAGGCGUAUCGUAGCUUGGCCAAGUAAUAAUGAAGAACAUGUCGGAAUAGCCAAUGUUAAUGACUAAUCAAGCCAGUGUAAUUAAUUACACAAUGGAACUUCCACUUUUAUCUAAGUAGAGUUUGUGCGUUGCGGAAUAUGCGUUUUUAGCUAGAAUUGAUGUUAUUACGAAAAGCCAUAUAUACACUAAAACCUUACGACGACAUAAUAGCGGUGAUGAAACCGAUGGUGAAUUUUGUGAUAGCAGAAAUGUGUCACACGUAUACGCAUUGAUAAAAAACGAAUUGGCAAUGAUUCAAAUAACUGUUGGGUACAAGUGAUGGCGCGUAAAGGCACCGAACCAGAGAAGAAAUGAAGACAUCUAUAUGUAAUUCUUCUGUAUGCUGUUGAAUACUUUGCUAAUUGUGUUCAUUACUGCUACAUAAGAAUCAAUCGCGAUUAGAAACAGCAGCUUUUUCUUUCGACGCCUGGUCAUAGUGAGAGAGAGUGAUACUACAAAAAAGCACAAAAAAACACAAAUUAUAGCCUCUACGGCGACGAGGCCCUCGCGAAGCCUAACGUCAAACGUGACGAUUGUGAUGAUCUAUCUGCUACUCUGUUAUGCAACUAACUUGUACAGGCGCAAACUCUGAUAGGCGUCGAACAUGUUUUUUAUUUAUUAAAUUGCUUCUGUUAGAUGUCGCGACGCAGAAAUGGGGCGUUAUCGAUAAUUAUCUCGCCUUGCUAUAUAUAUACAUACAUACAUACAGUAAAAUAUGUAGAAAAUGAUGGUGGUGACUGAAUAAUAACAACAAGUAAUGCUGGUAAACUCAUAUCCGUUAUACUAGUGUAUAUAUACAUAUAUCUGCCAUCUGGACCGAAUGUAGAGUGCCUCGAAAAUGUUCUCGACGGUAUUUUGGCUUUAGGUAGUUAGGCUAGGGAAAGCUGUCCUAAGUCGCAAAUGGGUAGUCGUUUAAAGUUCAACUAAAUAUUAGUAAAUUGCCUAAAAGUAAUUGAUUGCGUUGCUAUCGUACAUUCACACACAGAUAUUUUCAGCAUAUCGGAAACACAGGUAAUGCUGGAGAUAGCAUCAGCUCUAUGGGAGCCAGUGUCUCACCCUAAUCGGUAAAUGCGUCAUCAGUGUAUCUUCUAGGGACAUAUACUAAUGUAAACAGACCUCGUGUAGAAAGAUGAUAUGUUUUUAUUUGAAAUUUCACUAAAGCCCACGGCAACAAACCCAAAAAGUCGACGUUUGCAGCUGAACGACGUGACCGAAAUGACCUCACUGACUUCACGCAUAGCCACGCGAAUCGUCAAGAUCAUCUAGCUCGAUGGUUGCCUUUGCUAUUUCAGUUCUUCCGCCGUAUGAAAAAUCUAUAUAUCUAAAAUGGCAACAGAAAAUAACACACCCUAAUUCACCUGUUACAUGACGAUAAUAAUAUAUAUAUACAUUGUUGCGUACUAAAUAUUAUAUAAACGCGGUGGCUUUCACGCAGCAAGAUCAUAAGCAAGUCAUAAGCAGAGGAACUUAUGACUAAGUGUAAGUGGUCGUAUACGUAAUCUGUUGUCGUAUACAACUGUUGCUACAGGCCAGUGAAUCCAGCCGAACCAGUACGCUUGAUUUAACUUUAAAUAGCGUAUCUUAACUUACUGUUGUUGUUGUUAUUAUUAUCAACUAUUAUUAUUAUAAGGCCGUUAUAAUUGUAAAACUAAAUAAAACAGAAAACGGUGGAUGUAGCUCUGUUAUAGGUAGACUAAAUUAACGCUAAAAAGCGACCCGGAAAGCGGGAUAUAAUAUAAAAUAAAGAAGUAGGUUACAAAAGAAAGGAGCAUAGUUAAUUUGUAUCUACGUUGAGUAGGAAAGGCUGAGACCUACUUAUUUAUUUAUAUUGAACACGGUCACUUAACCCUCGCCCUGGCUAUAACUGUAGAUUAAAUCGUAAAAAAAAGUCAACGUGUAGCCGAAAAAAGGAAUACAGCCAGGAUAGUCAUCAAUAUAGUGAUCCUUUAUGGUUAUUGGAGAAUGCGUUUUCAUAUUCCCGUUGUUCUAGUGAUUCAUCCAUACAAUCGAACCGCAGGAACUGAAAUAAAAUAGAUCGAUAGCUAGAUUUCGCUGUACCUAAAUAGCUAGAACGAAUAUUUCCUUCCCAUUAAAACCCCUUUUUAUUACUACGUCUGUAACGCAUUGAUUUUUCUAUCGCAGACUUUUUGUAACUCGUAGCCAGAAGUAAUAUAACCGGCUGACGCUCCGUCAGUUGAUUAACAUGGUAACAGGCAUAUCACUAUGUUGUCAAGCCCAGUGUGAGAAGUAUUUCGAUCUCGAUCAUCUUGGUUUUCGCUGUAAGACACCCUCCAUGAUUCUUGAGAAAAGCUUACCUUCGAUAGAUCUGAAGGCUGCGAUCGCCGAACGUUGAUAAUAAGUCAGCCCGAUUAAACGAUCGUUCUAUCACGGCUAAACGCAUCGCAGAAUCUGGUGGCUGGAAUCACAAAACGAGCAGCUCCUGUCCCAAAUGAAGUUUCGCUUAGCCGAUAGAAGCCAGUUUAUACAAAACUAAGAAAAAAAUCAAGCGAGCUAAACCCUAUUUGAGCGCCACGAGAUAUUCAUUAUGUAAAGGAAAACUUGGUCUGUGUGGCAAGUGUGCACCUCUUCAUGUGUCACUAUAAUCUUAUUGAAGGUUCAAAUUUAGAAAAAGCGUCCUUUAGCCUAUUGAAGAAUUACGCAAAUAAAUCUAACGAUUAUAAAACAAAAAUUUGAAAACGACAUUGGAAUCUUGUUGAGCUGUUGUCAGCGUGGGCAGCUUCGUUCGCGCCGACCCCAAGCUAGGAACCCGAUAUGCUGGAACUUUCCAUUUAUUCAGUCUCGACCCUAAGCGACGUGUGUCGAUAAACACACGUUGCAGUACUCGAUGGCCGGCAACUUCAAUCGCGCUGGGUAUCCAACGUUGGUAUGGCACGUACAGCACGGAGAAAAAUCAAGUUUACGCGAGCGAUGAACUCUUCUGGGACAAGUGUAUCGUGUGAUGCCAUAGACGCAACGAAACGCUUUUCAGUUUGCCGAGUCGAACACAGAGAGCAUUUGGCAGUCCACAACUCUAACCGACGGCUGAAAAGCUUAUAGUGUGCUAUUGUACCUUCCUAUCGGGUUAAAUGGGCGUACCAGACCCGUUUGAUGUUGUGGGUUGAGGAAGAGAGCAGGCGUCUUUGGGAGCUGAUUGAGGUUCGGCACUAAAAAAAAGGAACCACUGAAGGCUGAUACUAGCAACGCUUAUAUUUAUUUUCUGCGUAUCGCAAUAAGUUUUUUCGACGACGAAAGCUCUUUUCGUUGUUUUUAGCAAAAUUUAGUUGAAUUUUGAAACUAUCAGUGUUCAGUUAUGCUUGAAUAGGUCCGUCGAUUUUACUCCAUUUAUUUUUACGAAAAGAAUAGUGUGCGCAGAUACGGUAUGUGGCUGAAAAUCUUAUAUAUAUAUAUAUAUAUAUAUA